CAAGUUGCCCAAGCAGGCAGGCAGCUACUCCAUCGUGUUUCUAACGGCAGGUGGUCACCGCGCGUCCGGCACCUCACCGCAGCUUGUGAAUGGGAGUAUGAGAUGUUUUAACCUCAGAGCCUACAGAGCACGGGUUGAAAUGGACGGAGUAGAAUAAGUUCUUUGAAGCUUUGAAGUAGUUUGGCUUUUUCCAAAAGAAGCGGAAAGUGAAGCCUGUAAAUUAGUAGAUACUGUUUUUGACGGGCUGCGCGUUACCGCGUGCGUAAUGCUCUCUGAGUAGAGAUCCGAGCCUUUUGAUAGUUAUUUGAAGUUGAAUGUUGUUGUAUUGCAAAUAAUGGCGCUCGCAAGAUUCAGCAAGAUACUUCGUCUGCCCACUAUUGAAAUAAAGAAGAAAGCCAAGCAGUACGAGCACGUCCACCGAGACGUCAAUCCUAACGACAUAUGGGAAAUUAUUGGCGAGCUGGGCGAUGGCGCGUUUGGAAAAGUCUACAAGGCCCAGAACAAGGAGACAGGAGCUCUGGCUGCAGCCAAAGUGAUUGAGACAAAAUGUGAAGAGGAGCUGGAGGACUACAUGGUUGAGAUUGACAUCCUGGCUAAAUGUGACCACCGUUUCAUUGUCAAGCUGCUCGAUGCAUUUUACCAUGACAACAACCUGUGGAUCAUGAUCGAGUUCUGCCCUGGAGGUGCUGUGGAUGCCACGAUGCUAGAGUUGGAUCGUGGACUGACAGAGCCGCAGAUUAAGGUGGUUUGUCGGCAGAUGCUGGAGGCUCUGGACUACCUCCACAGCAUGAAGAUCAUUCACAGAGACCUGAAGGCUGGUAACAUCCUCCUCAUGCUGGAUGGGGACAUCAAACUAGCUGAUUUUGGUGUGUCGGCAAAAAACAACAAGACCCUACAAAGAAGAGAUUCUUUCAUUGGUACACCAUACUGGAUGGCUCCAGAGGUGGUAAUGUGUGAAACAAUGAAGGAUGCUCCGUAUGACUACAAGGCUGACAUCUGGUCUCUGGGAAUCACUCUGAUUGAGCUCGCCCAGAUUGAACCUCCGCACCACGAGCUCAACCCCAUGAGGGUGCUGCUGAAGAUUGCCAAGUCAGAGCCCCCCAACCUGGAGCAGCCACACAAAUGGUCACAGGGGUUUAAAGAUUUCCUGAGGAAAGCUUUGGAUAAAAACCCAGAGACCCGUCCGACUGCAGCACAGCUCAUGGAGCACCCUUUUGUGAGCUCAGUGACGUCUAACCGUCCGCUACGGGAGCUGGUGGCCGAGGCCAAAGCUGAGGUCAUGGAGGAAAUAGAGGACAAUAGAGAGGAAGGAGAGGAAGACGACGCCAUGGAGCUCACUGUGUCUCCCAGUAAGGAGCCAUGCCAGACCAGUCAGACCAGUUUGGAAGGAGACCAGUCUGUGGACACCCCAAGCCCCACCACUCCCUCCCCGACCAUACCAACACCUUCACCUAGGAAGAGUGCAGAGGCAGAGGAGCAGCCAGAACCUGUCAUGGUGGUCCCUGUUCCCCUACCGCGACAGAAUCUCCCUCCAAAAGACCAGGUGGAGCUGGGGGACAAACUGCCUGAUGACGUCAUUCUUGAUUCAGAGAAAUCUGAUAGCGAGGCCUUAACCAAGACGUCCAGCUCAGACUCGGGCAUUGAGGAUGGGAAGAGUACCCCCACAUCGGAGGAGGAAAAGGUUUCUAUGGAGACCCCGGAGACAGAACAGCCACCAUCUCUCCCCCAACCCGAGACAUCUGAGGAAGGUAUCGACAUCAUCAUGGUCUCGACAGACCCAGAGGUGCCCAAGAUCCAGAUCACUGAGGAGAAGAGCAGCGUUAUGACUAACGGAGACCUACCAACUCCAAGCCAGAGUGCUACUGUCACUCCUACACCCACUCCCGAGACAUCUUCUGCUCCGACCCCAGUACCUACACCCCGUUCUGGGCUGAAUGACAGCAUGACCAAGGGUACCCCACAGCGGUCAUCGACAGGAGGAACCGCUGAGACUGUCUCACCUUAUAUCAAUGGAGGGAUAAUCAACAAACGGUACUCUUAUUCAGGCAGCAUGACGUCAGAGAGCAUGGACAUGUCUAACAACAGGGAAAACAUCUCAAUGCCUUCAAGGGACUUCUCAAGUAAGACUCUGAAGAGAACCAGGAAGUUUGUUAUUGACGGCGUGCAGGUGAGCGUGACCACCUCCAAGAUCAUCAGGGAUGACGAGAAGAAGGAUGAGGAGAUGAGAUUCCUGAGACGUCAGGAGCUACGUGAGCUCCGUUUGCUGCAGAAGGAAGAGCACCGUGCUCAGGCUGUUCUAAACACCAAACUGGAGUCUCAGAGAGAACAAAUGCAGAGACGUUUCGACCAGGAGAUGAAUGCCAAGAAGAAGCACUACGAUGUGGAGCUGGAAAACCUGGAGAAGCACCAGAAGCAGACUAUUGAGAAGAUGGAGACGGACCACAAUAUUAAACUCAAGGAUGAGACAAAACGCAUCAAAGCACAGCAGGAACGUGACCACCACAAGUUCCAGGAUCAGAUAAAACACAAGAAAAAGGAGGUAAAACAAUCUGUUGAUAAGCUGCCCAGAAGUCAGCGUAAAGAAUCCUUGAAGCAAGGGAUGUAUAAUUUCCAAGAAAUGAAGAUAAGAGAGGAGGAGAAAUUCUUGGCAGCUCAGAAGAACUACCUUGACACCACGCUGCAGAGAAUCACUUCCAACAACAAAAGAGAGAUCGCAGAGAUGGAGAGGAAUUGUCUUGACAAGAAGCACCACUUAAUCCGAGAGCGUGAAGCUACAGUAUGGGACAUGGAGGAGAAAAACCUUUAUGAGAGACACCAGUUAUUGAAGCAGCAGCUGAAAGACCAGUACUUCCUCCAGAGGCAUCAGCUUCUCAAGAAACACGAUAAGGAGAAAGAACAGAUGCAGUGCUACAACCAGCGGAUGAUUGAGAUUCUGAAAGCCCGGCAGCAGCAGGAGAAGAACCGGCUGCCUAAGAUCCAGCGCGGUGAGGCAAAGACCCGCAUGGCCAUGUUUAAGAAGAGCCUCCGCAUCAACUCUUCAGGCAGCGCUUCAGAGGACAGAGAGAAGAUAAAACAAUUUUCUCAGCAGGAGGAGAAGAGGCAGAAGGCAGAGAGGCUGCAUCAGCAGCAGAAACACGAGAACCAGAUGAGAGAGAUGAUCGGUCAGUGUGAAAGCAAUAUCAGAGAACUGCAGCAGCUACAGAAUGAAAAGUGCCACCUGCUGGUUGAGAAUGAGACCCAGAGGCUCAAGCAGUUGGAUGAACAACACAACCAGCUGAUGAAGGACUGGAGGGAUCAGCUGAAACCCAGGAAGAAGGCCCUUGAAGAUGAGCUAAACAUGAAGAAAAGGGAGCAGGAGGCUUUCUUCAGGAUGACCGAGAUCUCUGAUUGCCCAAAUCCCAGUUCUCCCAACAAACUCUCCAAGUUUGUGCCUUAUCCAGACUCUUCUACCACAUAAAAAAAAAAAAAAAAAACUGCCGCUGUGAUGUUGUACAAUUUCACCAGGCCACUGUUAGCACCCAACACAUAACCAUAUACACACUCACAAAAAAAUAGGUGUUACAAUUGCCUGCUGUCUCGGUUUUUAGUUGCAUUGCCUGUAAUGGAAGCAUACCUUUCCCUCCAUUAGAUUCCUUUAAUGUUUUAGUGAAUAUUUAUGUUUUAACUUGUGUUCUAAGGAUUUUUUCUUUGAAAAAAUAUGUGUUAUUUGAUGGAUUUAAAACACAUCAUGUGCUUCACGUUACAAGUGCAUAGUAUCUGCUCCCAUACAGUGUUUUAAUUUCUUUUCUGUUCAAGUCCACAUUAUAUUGCUCUUACACCAAAUUUAUUUGUUGUUCAAAGCAUCCAGCGAGGGAAUUUCCUUUUGCAUGCAGAGGAAGAACGAUGGUUGUAUGAAUGCCAGUGAGCCAGUGACUAAGCACUUUUUGUUUACCCUAAAUUUUUCAGUGCCGUCUUCCGAAUAUGACCAAAAGUGCAUCCAAAAUGUAGUAAUUUACUGACCUUUUUCCCAUUUCUGUAUGCCUCGACUCAUUGACCAGUUUUGUCCUUGAGUCAGACGCAUGUCAGAGCUGCCAAAGUCUGUUGUUAUUUAUUUCUGCUGGGAAAGAAUAACCUAAAGUGAAAAUCCAGAUUCAUCACUGUAAAUGUUAAUUUAAUUUUUAUUUUUUUUUACCAAAACCAAUGGUAUGAAGGAUGCUCUUAUUAUUUUGUAUAUUUGAAAUGAUGGGGGAUGCGGCUAAAUUACGUUACCAGAAUUUAAUAAUUUCUUUUAAAUGAUUAUUUAGAAAUUAGAUUUUAACAGACAAGGGAAGAGUAAUUGUUAAUCACAUAUUAUGGCUUUUUUUUUUUAUUCUGUUGUAUUUUUACUGUAAAAUCAGUCACACUGGAUGGGAACUGACAAAGCCAAAGCAAAAUACUGUUGUGUUCUUUUGAAGGAUGUUAGAUAGGGGAUUUAAAUCUGAAUUAAAAAAAAAAAUGUACUAAGUGUAUAAUUGUUUUACUAUGUGCAGUGAAGGGACUGCCUGCUAACCAAAGUGCAAUAUUACAUGUAUGUAUUUGCUAAGCUUAAAGAGGUUUAUUUUUUUCUUAAACUUUGCCUUCUUUUGCACUGAGAGGGGGAAUAAUAUGAAGAGUUUAAUUCCAGAGUGCCUGAAAGUUAGUUUCAUACUUUGAUUAAGCAAAGAACUUUGGAAUAUAUGUUUGUCAGCAAUAAUUUAGGCGUUUCAUUUAUAAUUGAUGAUCUGAUUUUGGAAUACAACUCUUUAUAUCAUUUUUAAGGGAGUGCAACAAUUCAGUCUGCUGUAAGAUGCCUCUAGAUGUUUAAUCUUCCUCUGAAACCUAAAGUUUGCAGCUGUGGAACGUGUUGCCUUGUUGAGUGAGAGAAAGGUUUUUUGUUUUUUUUUUCUUUAUUAUUUUAAACCAGUUUGGCCUGCAAAUUAUAUUGAGUCAGGUCAGCAAUCAGGUACAGCUUAAUCUCUCUCUCCCUCUCACACACUAUCUCAGAAGUAUUUAAAUUUAUUGUAAAAAUUCUCUUUUCUGUCAAGUUUAAUGGCUCCCUCUAAGUCUUCCUCUGCCUCAGUUUACAUGACAUUAUUUGUAUGGAGGUGUUGUGAGUGUGAAUGAAACUGUAUCAGAAGGAACCACUGUUGUAAAUAACUAAUAAAUGCAGAUUUUCUAAUUA